AUCUCUCUAUUGAAAUUUUGUCAUUCGGUGAACCUGAAUUUUAGGACAAAGUAAAGUAGCUAAUGAAUAUUCCGUGGGCUUCUCAAACUGAUAUUAUAUGAAAAAUAAAUGUCAUCUAGUUGUCACGCGCUCUAUGAGAAUAACAAGCAAGUUAUCUUCACUAGAUAGUUAUUCGAGCAAACAAUGGUGGCGGGCCUAGUCCUACUGUGUCUGCUGUGUCUUCAAGCGAACUGUCACGUAGUCAACCAGAAAUAUGACACUAUUAUUGUCGGUCUCGGUUCUGCGGGGACAACCGCGGCAUCGACACUGGCUAAGGCCGGCAAGAGAGUGUUGGCGUUAGAGGCUCAGGACAGGGUCGGAGGGAGAGUCCACACAGUGCAGUUCGGAGAUGGAGUGGUGGAACUAGGAGCAGAAUGUGGUGUCUGUAGGAUACAUGGGACAGACACCAGUCCUGUGUACGAGGCAGCGGUCAGAAACAACAUCCCUCUAUUAAAACAGGAGUACGACGAAUCCGUUUAUAAAUCUGAUGGCACUUUGGGAGACAGCGUUAUUCUUGAAAUGAUAUACUUCUGUCUUCAAACGAUGAACACUUCCCCUGAGGAACCUGAACCUCUUGGAAAAUAUAUAACAAGGAAGUUAACGGCGUAUCUGGAAGAAAAGUAUCCCAAUAUCUUGAAUGACACGGAGUUCAUGAAGGAGUUCCUUGAGAUUGCUGAUAUAGUUGUUGACGGCUACGAGGGUUCAAACAACUGGAACGACGCGUCUUCCAACAGCAAGUACGUGCCACUAGGAGGCAGUCAGGACAUGAGCUGGCACAGGCAUGGAUAUAAGACCUUCUUCGACAUUUUACUGAAUAAAUAUAAGAAUGGCCCAGGCUGGUCCACGUUGGACGUCAAAUUGAACAAAGAAGUGAAAUUAAUAAAAUGGCCGCGAGAUUCGUCUGGAGACGUUGAGGUGACCUGUGCUGAUGGAAGUGUCUUCACCGCUGACAAUGUCAUAGUGACGGUGUCACUCGGAGUGUUGAAGGAGAGAUAUCAAGAACUGUUCUCGCCGCCGCUGCCAGAGGAGAAAAUAAGGGUAAUAAACAUGAUGACUAUAGGAGUUAUAGGAAAAGUUAUACUCUCAUUCGAUGAGAAGUGGUGGGCCGAGAAGCCGGUUUAUGUUUUCCAAUGGUUGAAGUCUGAUAAGGAGAGAUACGAUAAGUGGCAGGUGGGGCUGAAGUCUCUCACAGCGCCGAUGGGAUCCAACAACGCUAUGACCUUUUGGACUGCCGGAGACACUGCUAAAACCAUUGAAACAUUACCAGACGAUAUUCUAAAAGCUAAAAGCAUGGAGGUCGUCCGUAUGUUCAUGGGAAAGAACAUGACAAUACCAGAACCGACGGGAGUGAUAAGAACCACGUGGUUCUCUAAUCCGUUCACACGGGGCUGUUACUCCUACGACAAUCCGUUGAUGGCGAAGCACCCGAGCGCUAGGGCUGAUCUUGGGGCUUCUCUGACGGACUCGAAGGGAGUCCUGCGCGUACUAUUUGCGGGGGAAGCCACCCAUCCAACCCAAUAUUCAACUGUCCACGGAGCCAGUAACUCUGGAUACAGGGAAGCCACGCGAUUGUUGUCUGCUGAGAAUAAAUAAAUACAUAACUAA